UGUUUUUUUGUAAUUUAUAUAUAUAUACUUGUUAUUUUGAACACUCCAUGUGAUUUUAGUUUCGACAGUGGUGAUCGAACAAGAAAUGUACCUUAUACCUGUAGUACUUUUUUUACAUUAUACGCCUACCCUGUGCAGCAAUAUAUUAGGAGUAUUUAUCGUUCCUUCAAUUAGCCAUCAAAGCGUUUUCCAACCAAUAUGGAAAGAAUUGUCCUUGCGAGGUCACAACGUCACUGUAGUAACCCCAGACCCUUUAAACGACCCAUCUCUAACAAACCUAACCGAAAUUAGUGUCCGUUUCACCUACGAUUUUCUCAAACGAAAAGCAAUGCAAGAAAUUAUCUCAAAAGACUCCAACAUUUUUCAUAGUAUGUAUGCUGCUGCUUGUUUCGUGGAUGGUGUAGUUGAAGCCGAACUUAACAUGGAAAGUUUUCACCCCGGUAUGUAUGCUUUAGCGGGAAGGUUCAAGGCACCUAUUAUCGGAGUGUCCGCCCUUGGAGCAGUGGAAGUGCAGCACCACCUCAUUGGUAACCCCACACACCCAGUACUGUACCCAGAUGUUCUGUUCGGAUUGUACAAUAUCGAGCUAUUAGUGUGGAACAAAAUUAAAAGUACGCUGUGGUAUUUGUGGACACAGUACCACCACCAUGCUAUUUUCGUACCACGAGUGCACAAUAUUGUAAAGAAGUACUUUGGUGAAGAUUUGGAGUACUUAGGGGAUCUUGAGAAGGAUCAAAGCAUGCUUUUUCUUAAUGUUAACCCUGUGUUGUACCCGAUUAGGCCUAAUGUACCAAGUAUAGUCGAAAUGGGGCAGAUACACGUUAAACCGGUGAAACCGCUUCCUGAGGAUUUGCAACAAAUACUAGACGAUGGUACCGAAGGUGUGGUCUAUUUUAGUUUGGGAUCGAACGUCAAAAGUGUAAGUUUAGAUGAAAAACUGAGGAAUACUAUAAAAGAAGCCUUAUCUGAACUACCUUACAAAGUUCUGUGGAAAUGGGAGUCCGACUAUUUACCUGGAAGACCAAAGAACGUGGUCACAAGAGACUGGUUUCCCCAACAAGACCUCCUUGCACAUCGAAAUAUUCGUGCUUUCGUUACGCAAGGUGGUCUUCAAUCCGUUGAAGAAGCCAUCUCUAGAGGGGUACCACUCAUUGGGAUGCCUUUCCUUGGCGAUCAACCAUCGAAUGUCCAAAAAAUCAUGGAAAUGGGGAUCGGACUGGGUGUUGAUCCAAGUACUGUAACCAAGGAAGAACUCAAAAAUUCUAUAAUUGAUGUUGUGGAAAACAACAAAUACAGCAAACGAAUCCGGGAAAUUCGUCACCUGUUGUACGACAAGCCAAUGACUGGGCUGGAAAAGGCUGUCUGGUGGUCUGAGUACGUUCUCAGACACAAAGGGGCCACACAUAUGCGGAGUCCGGCUGCUGAUUGUUCCUGGUUUGAAUAUUUAAUACUGGAAGUGGUCUUAGUAUCAGCUGCACUGAUUAGUAUUGUUAUUUAUCUCUCCUACAAAGUGUUCCAACUGUUAAUGUCAAAAUGUCGCAAAUAA